UUAGAAACGAGAACAGAGAGAACGGCCCAGAGCAGGAGUAGGGGAUAAGUUUUGGGAUUUUCUUUUUUGAGUUCCUGAGAGCAACAGGCACCAUCUUCCUGGGAAUCCAUCCCUGAGCAGGAGGCUGUGUGUGCUGAGGAUGAGGGUAGACAACAUGGCAGCCCACCCGCAUGGAUGCACAGUGCUGCUGUUCCUGCUGCUGGCUUUGGUUCGGGUGGCACCGGUGAGGGGCUGCACCUGUAACCCCACCCACCCACAACAGCAGUUCUGUGAUGCUGAGUUAGUUAUUCGUGCAAAAAUCAUCCGGGAGAAGGUCAUAUCCCCUAGCAACAGCUCAUCACCCCACCUGAAAAUGAUCCAGUAUGAAAUCAAGCUGAUGAAGAUGUUCAAAGGCUUCGAAAAAGUGCAAGACAUCCACUACCUUUACACACCAUUCUUCUCCUCACUAUGUGGGAUCAAGCUGGACUCCAGCAGCAAGGUUCAGUACCUGAUCUUUGCCAAUGUCAUGAGUGAUGGGAAGGUCAUGGUUGAGCUCUGUGAUUUCGUGGAGCCAUGGAAGCAGCUCACCAUGACCCAGAAGAAAAACCUCAAUUACCGAUACCACAUGGGCUGCACCUGCAAAAUUUCCACCUGCCAAACCCUCCCAUGCACUGCAAACGUGGAGAAAGAAUGCCUGUGGACGGAUUGGCUGCUGGAGGACAAGCUGGCCGGGGAGCAGGCUCGCCACUCGGCCUGCAUCAGGCGCAGCGAUGGCUCCUGUAGCUGGUACAGGGGAGCCCCGGCCCUGGAGAAGAAUUUCCUGGACAUGAAUGACCCUUAAGAGGGAAGUAGGUGGAUGGAGGAUUGUGGCAAAUGUACCGUUCAGCAGUAAGGGGAACAGUCUCACCUUCUGUCCCUGUUGGACUCUUAUGAUUCUCUUUUUCUGUGACUGUGGACAUCAGCUAAAGGCUGGACUUCAGAUACGGUCAUGUUAAAAGUAAGUACGCCACAUGAAAAAAUUUCUUUCAACAUAUUUGGACAGACAAAUAUUAUGCGCCAUUAAUAAUAAUAAUAAUAAUAAUAAUAAUAAUAAUAAUAAUAUCUUCAUUUCAACAAUACAUAUACAGAAAUAUAAUAAAACAGAAAAAGUUGCACUUCAAAUUUACAUUUCCAAGCUACUUGAAAACAUACACUCUGCUAUACUUAAAGUAAUACAGGUUACAGACCAUUGGCAAUCUGCCUAGGACAGGCCACUCCAACAAAUUCAGCCAGAGAGCAGAGCACAGGAUGCAAAAGAAAACCAGAGGGUCUCAAAGAAACCCAGGGUGUCAGCAAGCGAUUUACUGGCAGCUUUUGCCACAGUUUAUGUGAAAGUCAAGCAUAAGAAAGUCACUGCACAAAUUUGGCCUGCAUGGGACGUCAGCAAAGAAGAAGACUCUGCUCUCAAAAAAAAGAAUAUCAAUGCCAAACCUCUUGAACAGUAUGCUCUGGAUCAGAGGCGUCAGAAGCUUUUCGAAUGUGUGUGGGGGGGGGGGACACACUGGCAUAAAACUAAUAUUUUAUGUUAAACGUGGAGGGUCUAAAGGAAUAAUUAUGAAAUGUGAGGGGGACACGUCCACCUCAGAUUUAAUGGUGGCGACGGCUAUGCUCUGGAUAGAUGAGUCAAUGGUGGAGUUGUUUGGGUACAAUUCGGCUAGAAACGGGGACUUAAUUAUGCUUUUGUGUUUUAUUUUCAUUUUGGGUCUGCAGUUCGCAAAAUAUAAAUCAAAAAUGCGAUCUUUGUUAAAACAAAUGUCAACCUACAGCUUUAAUGUGUUUUAACCCAUUCAAAUAAAAGGCAAUAGGGCUUUUAUUUUUCUAUAAUUCACAAUUUAGAUGCCUUACCAGGCUACAGACGCUAUUCUACCAGCCGAUCCCUCCUUGACCGCGCUGCUGUUAGCAUACACCCCGUUGUUGGCAUCGUCGUAUGCAGUUCAGCAACACGCCUUCUAAGUCGACUGGUGUGUUCUCAUUUAUGACCAGCAGACAUCCAUCAUGCAUGGCAAUAUUAUGUAGCAUACAGUACAACAUGCUAUAAAGAAUGUCGCAACCUUCUGAGGCUGCAUUGUAGUGUUCCGCCUGACUUGGAACGCAUUUUCCGUGAUCCAAAUGUCCUUUCAAUUACAGUACAUGCUUAAUUCUACACAACUCAAAAGGUUUUUUUUAUUAUAUGUUUUUUUCUUUACUUAAUAUAUAGUGUUUCUCUUUUGUGGUGUUUCAAUAAACAAUAUGAUUAUGAGAAAGGAAUCAGAUGUACUCUGUAAAAAAACGUGUGUAUAUAUAUAUAUAUAUAUAUAUAUAUAUAUAUAUAUAUAUAUAUGUUUGAAAUGAAACAGCGAAAAACCAUUAGUGCACUUCGAGCACAUAUCUGUGUCAAUAGAUAGCAUCGUGAACCUCGCCGCUUAAACAGCAUUUAACAUUUGUUAAAUACCAUUUAACAAUGCGCCACUGACUUUCAACGUGGUUUUCGUUGGUUAAACGAAACCAGUUUUGUUGGUGGUUUCAUUGCUUUAAAAUAGCAAGGCACCGACAAUGUCCCGGCUAUGCCUAAAGAACAUCACUCACGGAAAGCGGCUAACGCAAAAUCUAUUACAAUUUUGCAUGCAUGGCCUGAAAAUUAGUUACUGUAUGCGCUGCUACGAAGCUAGCUAAGCCACUUUGCGUUGCACUUUGCGCAGAUGGAAAAUAGAGCCCUAUGCGAAAAAGUGCUUGAGGAGCAUGUGAGGUUAUCCAUUAAAAUGUUGAAGGUGAAUCUCAGAUGUGGCUUUAACAUAAUUACCCCCAAAACUACAAGCAAAUCUACAAGGGAGAGGCUCAAACAUAGAGAGUUACGGAAUAGCCAAGUCAAACUGAAAUAGUGGCUGGACUGGAAGAGGGCUGUACAAGAACCCUCUCCGACAUUAAACAAGUAAAGGAAUUCUGCAUGGAGGAAUGGGCAACAAUUUCUUCUGGUCAAUGUGAAAAACCCAAUUGACAGUUAUAAGAAACUGAGAUUCAAUCUGCCAAAGGAAACAUCAGGUUCUAAAUGUAAGGAUGUGCUUAAUUUGUUGAUUUUUGUUGAAUAAAUAAUUUCACAAUCAAAAUUUGUUUUUAAGUCAAAUCACAUCUGUCUGCCAAUACUCUUGAAAUAAUUAUUAAAUAUUUGUCCAAAUAUGUUCAAAAUUACAAAUUUUUUGAGUGUACUUACUUUUUCACAUUACUGUAUGUCUGAUUUGACAGCAGUAUGUGUAAGGGAGAUUUUACAUCAUAUCUAUUUUGUAUCAAAUCAAAAUGCCCAGUAUACAGUUGGGCAGCAAUAUUUUUUCUUUUUUAUUAUCUUUUUGUUUGUAUUCUCUUUUUUUACCUUGGCACAGUAUACCUAUUGAAUUAUUGUAGAAGUGGAAUAUGCAUAUAUAGCAUAAUUUCAAACUAGGAAAAUAUAAGAAAAGGUUGCCACCAAAGUAACUUUCACCACAUUCAGAAGUCCUGUUAGGCCAAAGUACAAACUGCCAAUUCCAAAGAAACUACACAUGAACAAUUACCAAAUAAAGGCUCUUACACCAAAAGGUGGUUCCAUCUCUUGCCUGGAAAGUAUAUGCCACAAAACGAAAUCUACAAUUUUAAGAUUAGAAAAUUGCAAUAAAUUGCUGCUGUUAAAUUUAGAAUAUUAGACUGGUGGGCAAAGUUUAAGUCUAAAUGACUUUUUCAUCUUAGACUGGUUGUCACCAUUUUGAAAAACAUAUGCUAUUCUUUAUAAUAUACCAGUAUAAUAUAUACUAUUCCAGCUUUGAAUGAUUUCUGUAUGUUUCUUUUCUGCACACCAAAAUCUGCAGUACUAACCAUGUUCAUUUAACACUUAAUAUUAAGUGUUUAUUUGAUUUUUGUAUAUUUUUAUAUGUUAUCACACAGCAUGUAUGUUGAUACACACUCAUGUAUAAAUAUAAAACAGUAAAAAGCGUAUUCAAUUA